AUGUCAUUUAAAAGUGAAUUUAACGAAAAUAGAAGAGGAUGGUUGGUGUUCGUGAGUGUCAUCUUCAUCACCAUCACGAGGUCCUGCUUCUUCUACAGCUUUGGAAUCAUCGUCAAUAAGCUGACGGAGGAAUUCAAUGAAUCUCUCACCAUAGCAACUUGGGUGGGCAUGGGACAGAUAGCAAUAACACACUUCAUAUCCUUCCUGCCAGCGAUUUGCAUCAAACGCCUUGGAAGGAAUGGCUAUCGCAUAUGCGGUAUCGCCGGCACCCUCUUGGAGGGGCUCAGUCUCAUCAGCAGCUCCUACGUCCAACAGGUGCCCGUCAUGUUCUUCACCUACACCCUUUUGUUCGGGGCUGGCUCUUGUUUUGUCUACAUGACAUGCUGCCUCACUCUCAUCGAGUUCUUCCCGAAAGGCCACAAGCGACACGUUCUGGCCACGACAUGCGUCAACAGCGGCUACGCUAUCUCGAGUUUGAUAUACAACCCGCUGGUGACCUGCAUUGUUGAAUAUUCAUCGUGGAGGACAGCCUUUCAAAUCCAGGCGGUCAUCAUACUCUUCUUCGGAAUUCUGGGCUCGUGGACGUUUCUGCCAAACUCUGAUGAAGAACAGAAGUUGCUUCCCAGUUUUGCUGAUGAUGACUAUUCUGAAGAACAUCAUCGACAGCUACAACAGCAACCACAGCUGCAACAACAACAACAGCCAGAGCAGCAACAACAACAACAGCCAGAGCAGCAACAACAACCACAGCUGCAACAACUACAACAGCGGCAGCCAACUCAAGAGCUCCUACAUCAGGGACAAGAUCAGAAACAGAGUUGCGAAUGGGCCCCCCUCAUGAAGUCCCUGGUGCGGUGCGAUGUACUCUGCUGGCUGUUGGGGGAAUUCUUUAACUCGGUCUUGUACUACACACCUUUCUACAUGCUGCCUCACUACAUGACACUGAAGAACUUGACAGCUUCCAACAUCUCCUUGGUUAUGACCGUACUCAGCCUAUCGGAAUGCAUUUUCUAUCUUCUGACAUCACUUCCGGGAGAUUACUUGGCGGGAAAACUGAUAUUUGUGAGUAUCUGCGCAUGUUCGAUGGCAACCAUCUUGAAUGCUUGCUGGACCUCCCUCGAUUCAUCGUACGAAGCCAUCCUCGGCCUCGCUACAGGCAGCUCUUCAUUAUUGUUUUUGAAUCUUUGCGUUUGUCAGAAUUGCAAAAUAGAGAAGAACCUGCAAUGGAACAAGAACCACGAUAUUGAAAACUUCAUCGUCAUCCUUGUCAUCAUCGUCUGCCAGCCCAGGGCGGCAAUAACUAGUCACAAAGAGACUCCAUCUUCUUCUAUUUUUUGUAAUUUUUUAGGCUUCUGCGAUGUUUAUGUUAUUUAUUUUGAAGUCUUCUUUGAUGUUGUCAGUCCAGUUGACGGCUUACUACUGGCGAUGAGUUACACCUACUUGUACGCCUGUUCAGCUGAAGCCACAGGCCUCCACAUCGACGUGGCAUGGUCAGCCACAAACUUCUGCACGGGGGUUGGAAUUUCAAUGGCUCCUCUCUUUUCAGGUCUGAUAUAUGACACGACUCAGUCCUACAACAAGGUCUUCCUCUUGCUCUCUCUCGCCGCUUUCAUGAACUGCCUCCUCUUCUCUUCCAUCCCGCUUAUUCAACACUGCAGGAACCGGAAGAAGAACAGAGGUGACGUGAAAACAAACAUUAACGACGACAAAAUGAUCGGAGGCAUUAAGAAAUCUCAGCAAACCUUGAACGGCUGAACGAGGAGCAUCAUUAAUUUUUAUUUUGUAUUUCAGCAUCCGACUUCAUUCUUAUUUCUCAUUCAUCGUCAAAUAUUUUUUUAUCAUUUUUUUCAUUAAACUUUGUUUUCAGCAUACAGCAAUUCAACGAGAAAAAUAACCGAAAAAUUAAAUAAGUUAUAAACGAAUGAUAAAUAAAAAUGGUCUUAAAU